UUCAUCUUUUCACGGUGUAUAAUUUACUUUUUCACUAUUACUGUUUCAUUAGAAACACCGACGCAGCUCACACUAGUUUUUAGCUAGUUAUAUCUUUUUAGGUUUCAAAAAUAGUAGAGUGUAACGUCAAACGCGAACAUAAAAAUCAGAGAAAUAUACUGGUGUUCAAAACUGCGUAUUAGCAUUUGAAUAUGAUGAGUAAGUUUUAAUUAGAAAAUGCUUUAACCGUUAGUAAUUCCCCAUCCACCCUCGGCCACGUCAGCAGAGCCGUUGAUUGUGUAUUCUCCUACGCAGUCGCUAUUAGUGAGCGUGACGACACUUCCGUGAACGUUGCGUGACGACACUAAUAGCAGACUAUUGAUUGUGCGAUUAGCAAAAAAAAACUUUCAAGAAUUAGAAAUAUUAGAUUUUCACAUUUUUACCCCGGAAAUACCUCUGUAAUACAAUUGGGUUGUGGUCAAUCAGAGAUGGAUGUAUUGUUGACUUGAACCAGUCAGAGAUGGAUGUGACAUUGACGUGAAUCAAUCCGAGAUGGAUGUAACACUGGCAUGAACCAAUCAGAAAUGGAUUUAAUGUUGACGUGAACCAAUCAGAGAUAGAUCUAAUAAUGGGGGUGUACAAAUUAGGCGUUACAGGAACCUCAUCUAGUUUGUGGUUUGAAAAUAUUACUAACGUAUAAAACAUGCUUCCCAACUUAAGUCUGCCCCUGGUAUCAGUGGAUCGACUGGCUAUAUGGCUUCUUGCCAGGCGAAAAAAGAUGUUGGUUUAUCUUAUAUUGAAAUUGUGGCAGAGUCUCUUUCCUUGAGAGAGCUUUCACAGACUACCUCAGGCAUGCCAAUAGUUCUUCCAUGCUCCUCUUCACACUUCCAAGCAAAAUACUCCUGAUAUCCCUGCAGGAGGACAAAUCCGGAAUGUUUAUAAGAUAAUUUCCCCAAGUAAGGCUCUUAAUCCGAGGCCCUCUCCACUAGCUUUACUAUUCGUUUCAUUAGGUUUCGUAGCUCCUUCCUUCUCUGGUCCAAGGAUGGAUUCCCUCAACCUGAAGUUUAGUAACUGUGACACCGAUGGAAUCUCUCGCCUUCUAGAGGGGCUCCAUGGAGAUAAGAAAUUGCUUUAGUUCUCGAUGUCCUGUGUGAAGAGCAAAAUGAAUGCAAGAUGAGCCAAGGUGCCGGAUUGCCAUUAGAGAGUUUUGGAUUGACGUUCACGGCGUCUUAGUUUUAUAAAGUUUGAUCUUUGCUAUUCUAAUCGUGUUGCCGAAGCAACUUAGUAGCUUUCACCUUUAUGCAUGCAGGCCUUAAUCGCAUUUAUUCACACGAAGAGGGCUCGAAGGUAAAUGUGAAUGGUGGCGUAAAUACUGAACACCUUCUGAAUGUGGAAGAUUUGCAUGCGUGCCUCACUUGGCAAUGGAUGUAUGGCUGCAAGUGUCGGGUGGAUCCAUGGUCGGCCUUAGGUAGAAAACAGCAUGCUUUGAAUGAUCACUACAGAUUGAUUAUUAUCUCUCGUCUAGAGCUGCCCUCGGCCAUAUUUGAACGACUAACAAUUAUAAACGAGCAGCAAAAGGCAAAAACUUAAAACAAGUGAAGAUAUUUUGUCGAGAGAGAAAGAGAAGCAGAUGUUAGUAGAAAAGAUGAUGUCAGCAUCAAUUAACCAAUCACGACCGUGUCCUCAUCAAUUAACCAAUCAAAAUCGAUCCACCCCAGCUUAAUUCCUUCCAACAAGCAGAACCCUUUUCAGUGCGAGUAGACCAGGCAUGGAAUGCUGGCAAGUUAUUGCGACAUUGUGAAUACCAAUGAUGGCGAUAAUAAGCGAUAAAGACUGGUUAUACCUUGCUCUUAUUCUCAUCACUUUUGUAGCCAUAGCUGGAAACGUCCUAGUUGUUGUCGCAGUCUGGAAGAAGCGUUCUUUACGUACAACUACUAACUUUCUUCUAGUAAACCUUGCCAUUUCAGAUAUUACAUCCCUUUUCUUUCUUCUGGUGCGGUGUGUCCAGUUUAUGGUCAGGCUAGAAAAAGGAGCUUUGGCAGAUUAUCUAUGUAAACUGUUGUUAUCAUAUAACAUUUCAGUGACAGCCACUUCCGGAGCUAUUGUCACUUUAACUGUUUUAGCAGUAGAAAGGUAUCAUGGUGUCGUAACACCGUUACAUUCAGGAUCGCGAUGGACAGGCCGUACGCUCAGAAUAGCAUUGAUAAGUAUCUGGUUGAGCAGCUUCAUCGUCACCUCUCCCUUGUAUAUUAUGACUGGAUAUGACGAAAAAGAAUGUCGCCUUGUGUACAAUACCACAUCUGAAUCUUUCAUCAAUAUUUACAAAUUCUUCGGAAUUACCGUCUUUUGUUUUUUGUCCUUCGCAAUCAUCAGUUUCUGCUAUCUUAAAAUCGCUYACUCACUUUACUCGCAGAAUAAAGUAGCAGUACAGUCAAUGUCAGCAGCAUCUCAGAGAGCGAGACUCAAACGACAGAUCCACGUGGUCAAAAUGUCUGUAACAGUAACUGUGUUAUUCGCCAUCUUUUACUUCCCUAUAGCAAUCAUAGUUAUCAUUAAUAUUGCGACAGCCAACUCCUACGAGUAUUAUUCGUACUACUACUUUGGGUUUUUCGCAGAGGCAGGUGUAAAUCCUUUUAUCUAUGCCUUCCAAAGCACUAACUUUCGUAACGCUUUCAAGGAUAUUUUGAAAUGUUUUCAUUGGUAGUCUCCUUCGCAGCCGUCAUCAGUUUCGGUCCCAGAUCCUCACGGAGAAGACUAUCUCAUUGGUGGAUUUAUUACCGCUGUGCGCCUCCUUUGGUAUCACUAGUCAUUAGUGCUCUAAACGUGAAGUACUAUCACGAGUAUUACACUUUUACUUGACGAACUGAAGUGGCUAUUCCAGAUAAGAAGCAGAGAGGUUUGAAACGAUCAAGAUAUCUACCAAAGGUUAUUGUCUAAAACUGAGGUGCUUGAGUCUGAUCCUUUGAGAAAUAUCCGAAGGAAACGAGGCUGUUCUCUAUUACUGCAAACAAAAAAGAACUUCCGAAUAGAUUUUUACAUUACCCGCAUUCAUUUGUAUCGUCUUUAGUGCUAUACUAUACGCUUCUCUGUAUUUUCCAUCAAAGCUGUCAAUAUAAGAGAUUCGUAGGUUAUUCACUCGAACGAUUUCCGUUUCGGGAGUGGGCAUCCCACACAAAGCAGCUGUGAUCAUCGACAGCAAAAAAAGUUUUGUUCGCUUUGUGUUCGCUUAACCUUGGUACACUAAUUCAGCUUAACAGUAUGAUAUCCUCAUAGAAAGUGUCAACAUACAAUAUCUCGCUACAAACACUUGAAACACUGAACCGAAUGUUGUACUA